AUGACCGACCCAAGUGAAGCCGCAAGGUACACUCCUCCUAGAGAGAUGUUCAAACAACAAGCCUCCAUCCAAGACGCAGAAGACAUCUCCAUCACUACAUCAUCCGAAAACAACACCGGAGUCGUCAAUCAUGCCAUUAACAAUGUCACCUUGACCACCAAUGCCGCCACACCACCCACAAAUCCACACCAACCAUCACCAGACGCAACCACAGCACCCAUAACGGCAACUUCAGCUACAAUCACCACUGGAGCACCUUGCGCAGGAACAGCACUGCCGAACGGAUCCCCGGCAGAGUCUGACCUCGACAACCUCGGCGAGCAGCUCUCGCUCCACAGCCCCUCGAAGUCGACGAUCCAAGCAGACCACGACUCUGCCAGUCUCAGCAACAAUAUCGACACCGAAGCCACGUCCGAUCUGAUGUCGUUUGAAUAUCCCCCCAUCGUUCUGUCUUCGUUUAGCCAGGACCAGGAUGAUGACGUACCUGAGCUGACACACGCCGCCGCCAAUGCCCCACCGCCCGACGAACAAAUGGCCCUCAUUAAUGACCUUAAACGCAGGCGACUUGAACUUGGCGAUGUUUACUGCUUGAUCCCCACAACGUGGUAUACACAAUUCCGUAAGUACUGCAUCAGGAUGUCUCGUGGCGCCGAUGAGGAUAGUCCUGGUGAGCUCGAUAACUCGGAUCUUCUUGAGGACGAUACUCUGAAGCUCGGAAUUGCAGACAGGGUCCAGCCUCUCCCAGAGGCAGCCUGGCCGCUGCUGGUGUCCUGGUACGGGUCUCGCUCAGCACCAAUCUACCGCAAGGUUGUUAAUACAGGAACAGAAGAACACCCCAACCUCUCGGUCGACUAUUACCCUCCCGUCUACACCAUCUACAGAGUCGGCGACGCAGACCUCGUCGAACUGCUUGCCCUCAAUGAACCUGAAACCAUCGAAGUGCCUCGAUCGACAAAGUUUGGCGACCUCAAGGCAGCCCUUGUUUCGCGUCUGGGUGUCGCUCAAGACGACCAAGUUCGCCUCUGGGCUGUCCCCUCUUACCGUCACUUGAAUGCCCAAGGCAAUGGUGUCGACGCCGAUACUCUUCUCGGAUCAGGAGCGACUUGCUUGGACACCGUUGAAAACGACUAUACUAUCUCAGAGGUCAACGAUCUUCGUGGUGCUAAGGAGGUCAUUGUCGAAGUUGCAGUCGAUGGCGAGUUUCCAGUCCAACGUCCAUCUAGCCAAACAUCCCGCUUUUUUGGAUCAGCAGGACUCUCUUCGACAUUUACUCGUGGCUACGGUAGUCCCCACUCGCCUGCCUCUCCAGGAAAGCCCGCUGGAGGACUUUGCGGUCUCUCCAACCUCGGCAACACUUGCUUCAUGAACUCGGCGCUCCAAUGUCUGAGCAACACCCCCGACUUGACACGCUACAUUUUGGCCCAAGCCUGGAGAGAUGAACUCAACCUCGACAACCCCCUUGGUAUGGGAGGCCAAGUCGCUACUGAGUACGCCAAGGUCAUUGACAACCUCUGGAACGGAACCAGCAAAGUCUUUUCGCCCAGAGUGCUCAAGCAAACGAUUGGACGUUUUGCGCCCUCGUUCACUGGAUACCAUCAACACGAUUCGCAAGAGUUGCUGGCGUUUUUGCUGGAUGGUCUGCACGAGGACUUGAACCGUAUCAUCAAAAAGCCCUACACAGAGGUUCCUGAUUCUAAUGGCCGGCCGGACGAGGAAGUCGCGAGUGACUGUUGGAAUAUCCACAAGGCUCGCAAUGACUCUAUCAUUGUCGAUCUCUUCCAGGGACAAUACAAGUCUACGUUGGUGUCUGUCACGUUUGACCCAUUCAUGUACCUGAGCUUGCCCCUGCCCAUCACCAAAAAGUGGGAAGGUAGUGUCACAUAUGUGCCCUAUGACCCCACCCAGCCCCUCGUUCAAGUUAAAUUGCAAUUGCCCAAGGGAUCAACAAUCAAGCAGCUGCGGGAUAAGGUCGCCGAUUUAGUGGGCACACAGGGCGGUCAGCUGUUUGUGGCGGAGGUAUUCAACUCUCGUUUCUACAAGACUUUUGAAUCCUCGGAUGCUGUGGAAGAGAUUGGCGCCAACGACAAAAUCUAUGUUUACGAACUCCCGAUCCAAGACUUUUUGAACUCGCCCGACCACGUCGUCUUUCCCGUACACAACCUGAUGGAGCCUGCCUCUCACUAUGCCACCAACAGUCGAGUCAGCGCAUUUGGACACCCUAUGAUGGUCUGUGUGGCCAAGGAGGAUACCAAGGACCUGGAUAAGAUCUACGAUGCCAUUGUUGAGCAAGCCAACCGAUACACGACGGCAGAUUUGUACGCCCCGUCAGAGAAUGAUAUGUCGGACGAGACCGAGAACCCGUCGUCAGAGAUCGAGGAUGAGGAUGAAACCAUGGAUACCGGUGUCUCACCCUCACCAGCGAUCGCAGCAGGAGUCGAACGGGGGCCUCAACGCGACCUCUUCAAAAUGUCAGUCUUCACUCCUCCUCCUAUCAUCACCAAGGGGUACAUGCUUCGCGGUGGGGGCCGGUCAACACUUUUCGCUCCCGCCCUCAUGCCGACCCCCAAGGAGAUGACCCCAAUGCACGAACGGACCAUACCGCAUCUCCCCAAGAAGGAACAGGAGAUGGACUUCUAUCCAAGCUACGGUCGCCAGCGACCAUUCCCGGGAAGGUUCAACGAGGACCGAUUUAGUCCCCUCUACCGCCCACCCACGUCCCCCUCUGGCAUGUCAGAGUCGUCUACCACUUCCAGCAAACCACAGGGACCUCAUGCUGGAGAGGACGAGGUCUUGGAUGAGGAUGAACCCGAAGAAGAGUCAUCGACGGCCGACAUUGCUGAAUUGCCAUCGCUAGUCGUGCCUGAACCUGUGCUUGUCACCGAGCCUGCAGUUGAACCCAAGGAGAUGGUCUAUAUUUUCUGGGCCAAAUCUUUGGAGUCGUCGAUCUCCCCACCUCCGACAAAGAUGGUGUCUUACCGCAGUAAAUUUGACGAGGAGGAGAAGGAAGUGAGCGAGAAGGCUCUUUGGGAACAGCGCGGAACUCCCAUUGUCGAUCCCGUCUUACAGGAAGAGAAAGCAGAGAAUAAGCGGGGCAAGAAGGAUAUUACGCUGGAAGACUGUCUCGCAGAGUACACCAAGGAGGAACAGCUCGGCGAGGAGGAUCUGUGGUACUGUCCCAACUGCAAGAAGCACCAACAGGCAACCAAGAAGCUUGAUAUCUGGCGCCUGCCCGACAUUUUAGUGGUGCACUUGAAGCGCUUCAGCCAUACUCGUACGUGGCGCGACAAGAUUGAUGCCAUGGUCGACUUUCCCAUCCACGGACUGGACUUGAGCGGCAAGAUCCUCAAGGAAGAGGAUCGCGACGAGAACGUCUAUGAUCUCUUUGGGGUCUCGAACCACAUGGGCGGUCUCGGCGGCGGUCACUACACUGCUUACGCCAAGAAUGAGAAAACUGGAAAUUGGUACAACUUUGACGAUUCGCACGUCAGCGCCGUCGGCAAUGUCGAGUCCAUCAAGUCGUCCAGUGCGUACCUUCUCUUCUACCGCCGCAGGAACGCUACUGUCCGCGAGUACGAACAGAGAGCACGCGUCGCUGACCCCGAGCCCGAGCCUCAGCCUAGCUCAAGCUCUUCUGCAAUGCACUACGGCAGCUACCUCAGCGCGGCCCCCGUGCGCAACUUCAGGACCCAGGAGCGAGAUGAUGAUGAUGGCGAGUAUGGUCCAUGGGGCAGACCUCCAAUGGGAACCUUCCAGGACGACACUGACAACAUGAUGAGUGGGCCGGGCGACAGUGACGAUGAACUUCCGUCGUACAGCUCUGCGAUUGGACCUUCUGGCUUGGCCAGCCCUCGAGGAUCGUAUUCAGGGCAGCCGGCGUUCAUGAUGGGAGCCAGGUAUGGAAAGGGACGUCGGUCGUCGGUGCAUGACGACGAUGAUGAUGAUGAUGACGACGAAGCCACGUUGAUGUCGGGCCAUAUCUCUGAGUAUCCUGACAUGAGUGCGGGACGAGGAGUCCGAUCUCCUGGAAUGUCUGACUGUGCAAGCAAUGGAUCGAACCCCGGUACAGCCAAUGGAUCGCGGGCACAUUCCCCAGUCACUCUUGAUACGUUCUCUGGCUCCGGAUUGGGGUCGUAUGGCACGCGUGGAUUGUCUGGUAUUAGCCAUACCGGCGGGCGGAUCGAUAGGAGCGAUCAUGAGAACGAUGGGUAUGACGAGUACGCGCAAUUGGGUUUGGGAGCUGGCAUCCCUACCCCAGGAUCGAUGUCGGCGACACCUGAUAUGGGCAACGACGCGGAUAGCGAAGGAGAGCAGGAUAGAGUCAACAUGAUUCCGUUCGACGACGUGCCCCUGCGCGACUGA